UCGACCACCUGUGUGACGAUUUUCGAACAAUGCCGAAAUAAGAGAAAAUGUAAAAUUAUGGUGCAACCGUCAACUUUUGAGCAUGAUCCAUGUCCAACAAAUUAUAAAUAUCUUCAAAUUUCAUACAAAUGUAAACCUACCUCUUUUGAUGAACAAAUCUUUUGCGAAGGUUCUAAUAUGCAAUUAAGCUGCAAACAAAAUAAACGGCUAGCAAUUUAUUCAGCAAUUUACGGAAGAACUAAUAGCCAAGCAACAAACUGUCAAUCAAAUACGCCUUUGAUUAAUGGUUAA